AAUGUUUUUCGGGAAAAGAAAUAGAUAGAGAGAAGAAAAAAGAGUAUUGAUAUUUGCGCGGUAAUUUUAACUUCCGGUUCUUUGUUCUGCAAACACACGUGGGCCGUACACACACAUUUCAAUCGGACAGCUGACUUGCUGUAGGCCUACUGGAUUAUGUAUUUGCUUUCAAAAUAACAUAUGGAAUCAGCUUUCUUCCAGAAUACAGAUCAAGACUAAAUGGUGAUAGCUGGAUGCACCGAGGUAAUCAGAGACAUCAGAGAUAUGAGUGAUGGGAGGAGUGCAAGCACAUGGACACAUGGAAAUAAAGACAUUAAAAUACUGUUUGUUGUACAUAAUAGGUAACAAAAGUAGAAAAUAAAAUAAUACAACGUUGUGACAACGUCUAUACAACGUAAAUAAAACGUUGCCACAUCGUAACUCAGUAACGUUGUGGGAACGUUGUAUGAAAACGUUCCCCAAACUUUCAUUUGCAACAUUACUACAACCUAAAUGCAACGAUGCAUCCUGACGUAACUGCAACGUUCUCCAGACGUUGUGUGCCCACUGGGUUGUGAUGACGUCAGAGGUGUCCUAAGGUUCUGCCUACAAUCUGACAUUCAGGAAGUACACCCCUGUACCUAAACAAUUGUUGAUAAGUUGUGAUGACGUCAGAGGUGUCCUUAGAUUUUGGUAUACAAUCUAACAUUCAGGAAGUAUACGUCAUUAACUACACAAUUGUUGAUAGGUUGUGAUGACGUCAGAGGUGUCCUAAGAUUCUGUCGUACAAUCUGGCAUUCAGGAAGUAUAUAGCUGUAGAUAUGAAGUAAAAAGCAGCGUAAACCUCAUCAAAUAACUGUUUAAGGUCUCUAAGAGAUAAUGGCAUGUAGUUUGAUAUUGUUAGGUUAUUUAUAGCCAUAUGUAAUUGAUUUUCCAUUGUUGUUAUGCCGAAUACAGCUUUCUCAUUGGUUGAGUUUUUCUUUUCAUAUCUGUGUAAAAAUAGCGCCAAAAACGUUUGCUUAUUAAUUUGUAAAAUAGAAUUUCAUGUUAAAUAAGAAAAAAAAUGUACAGAAAACGUGUUUUUUGAAAUACAGUUUCAAAGAUUAAUGAUAGACAUUGAUGUCAAUAUUUUGUAGUUUCACAGAAGUAAGAAUCCGCUACGCCCAUUUCAUACAUUUUACAACCAAUUUUUAUCAUCUUACAAAACUAAAGAAUAUUGACAUCAAUGAUUAAAUACAGCACAGUAAACUCUGGUUUUAAAGAAGUCAGUCGGACCAUGAAAAUAAAUUCGUAGAAACCGGACCUCUUGAAACACAACAAGGGUUAUCCGUCUAAAAUUAGACACGAUAUCUCAAUAAAGCAAUCUGACUCCUUCUGUUGAAUAAAAGAGGAAUAUUGAGAAAAAAAGUCGAAGUCAUUUAGAGGAAAAUGUUGAUAGUCAACUAGGCCAAUGGGAAAACAGGGAAGUUUAACUGUAAAAGUGUUGACCAAAGAUAUUGUACCAAUAACAUUAGAAUACAACACAAGGACGAAGGCUAAUAGUUUUUGGCUUCUCCAUACAUUAUUUAUCUAUAAAAACAGAUUCUGAAUGCAAAGCUUCACCAUAUUCACCCAGUAUACUGUACGUGAACAGCAGAUAUAUUUUGAAAGUCUGAGAAUUAUAUUAUCACAUAUUUUGAUAGAGAACAUCCAAGCCUUUUCUUGUAUGUCAAAAAUGUGUUUCCACAUAACAUAACACAUCCAUUCAUUGACGCAAUGGCUCAGAAGUCCACAAUUAAAAAUAGAUGAUGCACAUGAUGGCAUGACGUUUAUAAAGCUCAGAGGCUGAGUAAUAACGAUCUGGGCCCGGUUGUUCAAAACUAUCGUUAAGCUAACGACAUCGUUAACUUUAACGAGUCGUUAGCUUCUUAAUCUGCGUUAGUUAACGACUGUGUUAAAUGUUGUUGUUCAAACAUAUUUAACGCUGUCGUUAACUAACGCAAAAUGUUAAUCACUUAACAAGAAAAGUUAACACUAGCGACAGGUAGUUUCGCACUUUUCCCCACAAUCCACUUGGAUUCUGUGGCUGAAGAUACCAAGAUGGCUGCAAAGCAGAGGGAAAGAAAACCAAAUUUUACAAGCUCUGAGAGCAACUUGAUUAGUAGCAGGGCUACAGAGAUGCUGGACACCAUCAGAGGCAGGCACUCUAAUGAUCUUUCUAAUACCAUGAAGCAGGACUUCUGGAAAUGUUUAACAGAAGAAGUGAAUGCCCUGGGGGUAGCCUGCAGGUCAGAAGAUGAAGUUAGGAACCGCUGGCGGAACAUGUCUCGCAGUGCGAAAGAGAAAUUUACAAACCAUCGCCUGGUGCGACAGAAGACUGGAGGAGGGCCUCCCCCAGCUGCGUUGAGCGUAGCUGAGGAGCAGAUAGUUGAUGCCAUGCAGGACACGGCAGCUUACAUUGGAGUCCCUGGUGGACAGGAGUCUGCUGUUACACAGCUUGAUGCUGGUAACAGCAGUACAUGUACAGUAGAGAAGUCCUGGGAUGAUGACAUCAGGAGGAUUGCUGGACAACCUCCUGAGCAGUUAUUUGCUGAUGAUGCAGAGGAUGAUGCAGCAGUAACACCAGUGGCAGGACCAUCCUCUGCAUCAUCAACACAGGGACAGAAAAGAUGCCAAGAUGUGCAGGCCACAAAAAACAUUUCCAGCGAAGAAGAAAAAGACGGCAGAAGAUGUGUAUUCUAUCCAGUAUGCCUACUUUGA